GCAGUUGCUAAAAUCAACCGAUGAAGAUGAAGCGGUUCCAGCUACAAACACGCUUCUCUCAUUUUAGCUUGAGAGCUAAAAGGAAAACCUAAUGAAUAAAUUAAACACAUAAUGACCAGACUUUAGUUUUAAAUCACGAUGGAUGAAGACGCUACGGCUGGCUACAGGGAGCCCUGCGCUCAGUGUGCAGCGGUGAACUGGGGCAUCUCAGAAGAAGGUCGUUUCUACUGCAUGUCCUGCCACAACGUCAUAGAGAGGACCAUAGAGGUGGUGGACCUGAGCGUCGCUGGAAGCUCCAACCGAUUAAAAUCUAUCGCCAAAGGACCCAGAACCAGUAAAGAAGAGCGCGGCUACACCUGGCUGGUCUGUGAGGGGUUCCAGUUCAUCCUGAAGAACCAGGCUGACGCUCUGCUCCGGCUGGGAGUCGAUCCGAACUUUAAGGAGGUUUUGUGUCAGAUGUGGAGACUUUACCUGCAGAAGAGCCAGCAGGCGUACACCUCCGAUCGGCUGCGUGGGUCCAGGUUCAGACCGCUCAACAUCGACUCAGACUCUGACUGCGCCACCGAGUCGUCCAUCGUGUCGGAGAGAGAGUCGAACCCGUCCAGUUUCUCAGAGAUCGACAGCGAUUGCUCCGGUUCCGCCGACGAGAGAACCCCACGGAGGAGGAACCGCUUGAUGAGAAUGAGGAAGACUCUGGCUCUGGUUCACCUAGCGUUGGUGUGGAGCCGCGAGGCUCUGACGCUCAGCGACCUGCUCAGGCUGGUCAGAGACGGCCACGUCCCAUACCUGAACGCCUACGAGCAGUUUCCUGAAGAGAUGAAGCUGAGUGGAAACAAAUCCAGUGUCUUCAACACCAAGAGCAUCCCGUCUCACCGCCUGGUCCAUAAAGUGGCUCAGAGUCUGGUUCUGGUCCUGGAGCUUCCUGCUUUUCCUCCCAUCGGCCCAGAGAAUCUGCUCCACCCGGCGAUGCUCAGCAUGCGUUACCUAGCUGAUGCCAACCUGCCCGAUGGGCUGCACCGGUGGGUCUGCAGCCUGAUGGAGCGCCCACAGAAGUCUAAACGGGAUCCGAGUCCGGCGUUGCCACGGCACGACGUUCAGGCCGCUGCCCACAUCAUCGUCACCAUGAAGCUGAUCUUCGGUCUAGACGACCAUACCGAAUGGGAAUUAUCCAACAAAGUGACCCCGCAUGACCCCUCUGAAAACCUGUUCAGCUUCAGGAGGUGGUUCCGGCUGAUGGGGGCGGCUCUGGGCCGAGCCGAGCAGAAGCGGGACCGGGAUAUGGCCAGGAAGCAGUGGAAGCCAACGAAACCGAUUAUCCUACGUAGGAGGCUGGCGGGCCGCGCGAUGAAGACAAAAAGAAUCUCUGAGCAGCUGCAAAUGUGCUUCGAGAAGCUGUCCUCCAGUCCUGCAGGUGUCCAGGAUGUCGGUCUGUCCAGCUUCAGGUUCUGCUGGGGCGACGAGGACGGGUCCAACGGUCCCAGUCUGCAUCACAUGAAGCUGGAUGGAGUCCUGAGCCUGGAGGACGAUGUCCUGACUCCCCUUAACUCCUCCUACUGGCAUCCAGGCCUCAGACGCUGCAAACUGAUGCACUGCCAAGGAUCGGCCCCGGGUCAUUACCCCGAGUUCGAGCCGUCGCUGCCGCGGUCCUUCGUCUGGGUGCUGCGGCUCUUCAGCUUCCUGCUGGACGUGGAACCAUGUUACCUGUUUCAGGAGGUGCUGGAGGUGGAGAGGAGGCUGGUCGGAUCCAGGUUACCAGGGCAACGAAACAAAAGGAGGCUCAGGAACAGGACAGGAAAGGAAGAGGAGCAGCAGGAAGAGAGGAGCUGAAGGGAUGAAGGAUUAGCCUACCUGGACGUGUCCCCAAACGUCCCACCUGGUGUCUCGAGAACAGACUCGGAGGAGAAAAGUUAUCAAGUUUCAUUUCAUCUGGAUUCAGAUGGUUGUAAAAGAAAAUUCAUGAGAUAAGAUUCUUAAUUUUUUUAUGAACUUGUAUAAAAACAUGAAACGAGUGUAUUAAAACAGAAAACUCUGACAUGAAGCAUCAGAGACAUGUUUAUGUGACCCAAGUGCAGGUGUUUCUGUCCUCAUGCGGCUGCUGCUGAUGAUGAUCAAGUAAAUUCAUGCUUUCACUUCCUGUUUUUGUGCUUUGUCUGGAGACAAAGGAGCUGCAGUAGCGGGGAGCAGCCAGCAGGGGGACAGGUGGUGAAGGAGGCUGAACACCAGACCAGAGAUGUUUGUCUGCAGCUCCUCUGGAGUGGAGAUGUUCCUGCUGGGCAGCUCCAGCAGAACCUGUUCCCUGGAUGAUCCCGUCUCACCAGAACGGGUUUCAUCUCCUAUCUGAUGCGUCUGAGGCUGAGAACACGGCAGGAGAGUGGUUCAGUCAGCCGCUUCCAGACAGGUGAUGUCUGCAUCCAGCUGUUUGUUUUGUCGCUGCUGUUGCUAGGCAACAGGACAGCUUGGGCAGGUUGCCAUGGAGAUGUCACAGGUAAGAGUCCAACAGGCAAACAUGAGCUCACUGCUGAUGAUAAUGUGUCUCGGAGAAACUGGAAUACCAAAUCCUCUCCGGCGGAUCUGACUCCAGUUACCAUAAAUUCCACCAAAACAUGGAAUGAUUGACAGGUGUCCCUUCUAAGGGGGCGCCUCAGAUGGCUCUGUGAACAGCCUCAGUUUGGAGAGUUACCUGGAGCCCAGGUGUGUCCCUGUGAUGGACUAGAGUCCAUUCCAGGUGGGUGUUGGACAGACGAGGGAUACGUUUUUCCCAUCUGGGACUGGGUGUCCCAUCAGGUCCGGGUCCUUCCUCCCACCUCCUCCAGAACUCUGAAGACGCUCGACCUGUUUCUCCUUCCUGGUUCAGCCAAUCAGAACUCAGCUUUUCUGCUGGCAUCAUUUUAUGUUUCUGUAGGAUUUUGUGCCUAAAUGGGAAUGAUCUAUCAUGUAACUCCGAACUCACAAAGACUUCUCCUGAAAUCAGCUGGUGAAUAAGGUUUAACUCGGGACUGCUGCCGGAGAACUCUGGAAAGUUUUAUAUAUAAAUAUAUAUAUAUUUUUUUUUUUUCGUGGGUGCUCAGCGAGUCGACUGGAAAAGAAAACACGACUCAGAUUCCUGAUUUAGAAACGUUCCUGCUGCCGUCGGCCUGCUGAUACCAAACAUCUGGGAAACAUCCAGAUUUCUGUCGCUGAGUUCCUGGAAAGCAAACGGGAAUGUUGAGUCGGAUCGACUCACAGCCCGAUCUUCAGAUGAAUAAUUAAUAAAUCUGAUUGUCUUUUAUUUCCUUU